AUGAACCUGGGCUCGGCGCUGCAGCAGUCAGGUACCGCGGGAGGAAACAGCGGAAUUCAUAAUCGCGCCGACACCAAUCUGGUAUCCCCGCUCGGUCCAGGGUCGCGUCGCCAAAGAGCAGGACGACACUCUCCACCACUUGAAGUGCUGGAGUUUUGGUUGAAAGGCGGAGACCUUCCUGUCCUCUUCGACCACUCUUGCUACCAAUUUGGCAACGAAAAACUGGUCUCUGCACGAAGCCGAGAUCAUCGCCCCCAGCCAGGCAUAUACCGGUACUGCUCUGUCCGAGAUUCCAGAACGAGCCAUCCAUGCUCCAGCCUCCCAGCCGUUCCAACAGCCUGGAUUUCCACCGCAGGCUUUCCUAUGCAACUAGGCUUCUAUCACCCUCCGCCCGCAAAUGGUCCACAACUGCAAUUCGCCGCCCUCGGAAAGAUAAUUAAUGGACUGGAAUCGGGAGGUCUUCAUGGAAGCCGUCAACAUUGGCCUGGCCUGGUCACCCUUGUACGAUCCCUACAACAGGCUCAAAGAUCUCGACCCCAACGUCACCUGAGCCUUGAAUUACAACUUAACGCUUCCUACUCCGAUGGCGAUGGCUCUCAGUUGGCUGAAUCAAAACCAGGUGCGAAUUUGGUCGGAUUUGGUCAUCCGCAACGUCCGAGAGACAAGCAGGGGAGUUGA